UUCUUUCUUCUCCUCCUCUUCAGCGGUGGAAGAAGGAGGUAUUGGGGAUCUCCUCCUAGACAACAAACCCACAUUCAAAGAGGGGGCACACGGAUUACGUCACGCUGCGUGUGGAGGAUAAAUCGGAGGUCGCGGGUUUCACGGACUCACUGCUGAAUCUGUGGAGGAGACCGAGAGCAUCAUGCCGAGCCCGCGCGCACGGACUCCGAGGAGACAUCAGAGUAUUGUCACAGAGUUUGAAGUGAAGAAAAGUGUCCACUGAUGCAAAUGGAGAGAAUGAUUUUAUUCCUGUGAGGGAUUUUCAUCAUGGGAGUUUUUUAAAAGGACAUCAAAGACGCUGCUUCGGAUACCUCUCACGCGUAAUUACGCACAAGACAGCGGCUCUGUGUGCGCACUGAUCUCAUCUCCGGACCGUGUGUCAUGGAUCAGCCUCAGCAGUGUGUGACCAUGUAUCUGCUCGUGCUCUCCCUCGGACUCUUAAUGGACAGGGGGAUCUGUCAGCACUACUACCUCCUGCGCCCCAUCCCGAGUGACAGCCUGCCUCUUGUGGAUUUAAAAGAGGACCCGGACCCGGUUUUCGACCCAAAGGAGCGGGACCUUAACGAGACUGAGCUGAAGAGCGUGCUGGGGGAAUUUGACAGCCGCUUUUUGUCCGUUUUACCCCCCGUGGAGGACAGAUUCACCGGGAAUGAUGAGUUGGAGGACUUUGAAAUCCAGAAACCCGGUGGAGUACUCCCGAAGGAGAUCCGCGCUGUGGAUUUCGACCUCCAAUUCGGGAAGAAGCACAAGCCGAGUAAGAAGCUGAAGCGGCGGCUGCAGCAGUGGCUGUGGGCGUACUCCUUCUGCCCGGUCGUGUACACGUGGACCGACCUGGGGAACAGGUUCUGGCCGCGGUUCGUGCGCGUGGGGAGCUGCCUCAGCAAGAGGUCGUGCUCGGUGCCGGAGGGGAUGGUGUGCAAACCCGCGAACUCGACCCACCUGACGGUGCUCAGAUGGAGGUGCGUGCAGAGGAAAGGGGGGCUGAAAUGCGCGUGGAUACCGGUGCAGUACCCCAUCAUCACGGACUGUAAAUGCUCCUGCUCGAGCUGAAAAACAGACUCAAACAUAAAUUAUAAGCUCAUUAUUUUUGUGAUUCUCUCUCACGUGCACUACCGAGUGUAGGAAUGUAUUUUCUGUAUAUGCGGUGCCAUGCAGUUCUAUAUAGCUCCCUGUACAAAGUCAGUAUUAUUUUGUAACCAGAGUCUACUUUAUUUGUGGAGAUAUUGGUUCUAUAUUUUGUAUUUAUGGAGAUAUGGCACGCGGAGCCACGUAAGGACUUGCUUCUUUAUUUUUUCCAUAUUUGGAUGAAGCAGAUCGACCUCAGAGUGGAUUAUUGACACUGCCAUGUAUCUGUGACCUGUUUUAUCCUGUAAAUUAAGGAAAUGUGCUAUUUAUUCUUUAUAUUCGUACAAUAAACGACACUGAAACGACUUCCCUUUCUUUCUUUGGGUCACUCUUACGCGGUCACCUGCCUCUGAGCACUCAAAGUGUCACGCUAACACCAUUUUACGCAUCACCUACUUUUUACAAUCAUGCACUUAUACACUGCUCCAUGGUGUCAGGGUUAAUCCGUAUAAACGUUUAUGUCACAACAAUUAAACAAAAGAGGAUUCUGCCAUCAAGUGGAGGUGUUUGGAAACAGAUAUACCAGAUUAAUUAAUCCAGUUUGUGUUGAUUUAUAGACACUUAAAUUACCUCUUCUAUCCUCAAGUCAACCAGAACUAUCUCAUCCUUGUAAAUCUGUUAAGUCAAACAUGAGAUCUUGUUACAUGCUGAUAAAGGAAAGAGCAGAGAUAUGGUGAUUGAAGGAAUCAGCUGCUAACAGUUCUCACUCUUUGGUCUGUAACACUCCUCCUCCACAUUUGCGGCACAGCAGGAGCCAAGGAGGAAAGAAGAGCUGACUUUCUGCUCUGUAGAAGUGAAGAAGUCGAGGCAAAUGCUUCUUGUGUCUCUCUAGAUUUCUGUAACCAUUAGAAAAAAGAAGCAGAUCAUUUCAAAAUCAAACAAAAACAUUCCAGAUACUGCAGGCAGCCUCAUCAGUUUGGCUGCCGUUGGGUGAUACUGGCGAAGGGAGUGAAAAAGUGAGUUUUGAGCCCACUGUCAUGCACCCUGCUGUGAUUUUUUUUUUGUCUGAAUCUCCACAGUCAAAUUUUCCUCCGCCUAAAUGACAGCAUAUAAAGUCUAUAACAGUUACUGACAGGUGUUGGAUACAGAGUCUAUCAUGACGUUUAUAAGAAGUGACGCAAGUAUAAACCAAAUGUUGAAGGCCAAAAACACUACAGCAGAUUCUUCAUGUCCCAGUUUAAAGCACUAUCAGUAGGUGAGAUGCUGGGUAAACAUGACUUUAAAAUAGACAAUAAUCAAUUAAAUUAAACUUAAUUAACCCGUAAAGUAAUAAGUAAUAAUGAUUGAUAAUCAGAGAAGAAUGCUAGAUUGAGCAGUAAAACAUCUCCUGAGGUUAAAUUUCACUAGAAUAUUAUUUAUUUGGUCAUUCAAUUCAGACGAAUAUUUAUUUUAUGAUGAAUUUCUCUACAUUAAAAACUAAACCACGCCAGUUCAUCACCAAGACUCUUAGUUUGACUUCAUGGACUGUCAUAAAAUAUUAGUGAAUGUACAUUUUCUGUGAGGAUUAGGUGUUAGAUAGGAUAUACAAUUAUGAUUUACCUUUUAACUUUCAUUGGUUUGUGUAUCAAUAAAAUUAUUUCUUAUUAUUAAGCCGCUCUGACGCAGUUUACUGGGUUAUAGUUUUAACCUGCAAUAGUUGAUACAGUGAUAACCUGUGUUCUCAGACCAUGGUCAGUGAUCUAUCCAGCAGAACAUAAAAGUUCCUCAUUACCCAAAGCAUCUAUGGCUUGAGUUUAAUCUCAAAAUCACACAACCUCAAUGCCUCAACUGUCUAGAUGGCAGCAUAUGUUGCUCCAAAACUUGUUUAUAACUUUCAGCAUUAAUGGCGCCUUCACAAAUACAGUAUGUGAUCCCCGUACCAUCAGGGAUGCUGGCUUUGAACUGUGUCCUCAGAGAGGAGGAUGGAUGCAGUGUCAAUGAUUUAAAAAAAGGUCAAAAUUUGGAUUCAUCAGACAAUGAGACAGUUGAAGUUUCUGGAUGCAGCAAAAACUGUCCUCAUGGACUGUGUUUUUGGAAUUUAUAUAGAGCCUAUGUGGUAACUUCCACUACAGAGUCCUGUCUGUUUUCAGUGCAGUGCUGCCUGAGGGCCUGAAGAUCAGGACCAUCCAGCAUUGAUUUUAGUUCUUGUUCCAUUUGCACAGAGAUUUCUCCAGAUUCUCUGAGGAACAUUACUCUGAAAUUGUUGAACUACUAGCUCGCGCAGUCUCUCACAGGGUGGUGAACCCCUUCCUAGCUUUCCUUUCCAGUCAUGUUACCAACCUGUUGUAGUUGGGAGAUGUUCCUCCAGCUGUAACUUUUUACCUCAUGGUUGUUCCUUUGACUUUAAAAUGAGUCCAUAUCUUUUCACAAAAACAACUAUUCAUGAUACGGUUUGUACUUUUCAAGACAUGAUAUAACGACUCUAAAGUGUGUUGAUAUUUUCUUAUGCAUUCAUAGCAAUAAAUUCCUUAAAACGCUCUAGUUUUAUGCCAUAUUUCGACUGGUAAAAUGUUGCAGUAAAACUUAUGAGGCUUUCCAAAAACAGCAGAAAUGCCUGUUCUACAUACAAAUUUGAUGUAUAAGUUUGUUUUGCCAUUAAUACUUUGAUUUAAGUGCUUUUUCCUCUAGUGAUUUUUUUUCACCGUUAAGGUUCAGUAGAGGCACUUUGACUGCAGUAAACUACAUUACACACAUUAUGGCAUCAAACAGCUGUAAUUGCUUCACAUCUUGGCAGUCAGGUACCCUCCUCUCAUUUUACUACCACCACAUAAUGGCUGUUCCUACUGACUCUGACGAUGCUAAUUCAUCUCGUUCUGUUUCUGUUUUCCACGGCGUCACGGUUUUUCCCGUGUCAUCUUAUUCCAGAGUUUUAUUUAAUGUCUGCACCGUCACUUCCAAACAGAAAUACUGCGGCCGUCUUGAGCAUUAAUUUAUCUGCGAUAGCUUAAAAUUCAAACUGAUAUUUUUGCACUUUUGGAAACUUGAGGAGCUCCAGCUGAAUCUGAAAAAAAACUGUGGUUUGAGUAGAGUUGGCUGAACAAUGUGAGUUCAGAUGACCCACCAAUGGCUCCAUCUUUGCUCCAUUUAGGAAGUAAAAAUUAAUGGUUUACGAUAAAUUAGCUGCUCUAAUCGCUGAGUUUUGUGCUUCUUCCUCUUCGCUCUCACUGCCUCAGGACGACUCCCCCCUCCUCGUUUUCUUCCACAGCCUCAGCCGGGCAGACUGUGGGGCACCAGAAAGCCUGUGUUUUGUUUUAGUUGUGUUUAGUCCGUAAUGAUGCUCCUUAGCCUCAGAGCCAACUCUGCACGUACACAAGCUGCAGACAAAUCCUUCUUCUUGUCACUGGAUAGCAAUGUAAGGGUGAAGAUCUCCACUAUACAGCCUAAACAAACACAGUAAAUAGCCUCUGAUCUGCAUGUGUAUGUUGGAUCCUCAGUGUUUCACGGUUAUCCCAGAGUCUUUUCCAUGAUACCGUUUGUCCUGCGGCGUUGAGCUCCCAGCGGUCUGGAUUUACAGCUGACAAGCUCCCUGGAUAUCCACCUAUUUCAGGUUAUGCAUGUCACAGUUGAGGCUACCACAAGGAUUAAAGGCCGAACAUUUGACAGCUGCCCCGGAAAAAUCACGUAAUAUUUCAUAAAACCUUGAAUUUUCUGCUUUAUUUCAACCUGAUUUUCUCCACAUUUUAGAUUCAGGUAUUAAAUCAUGUAAUCACAUAUUAUUCAUUAUUUGAUUUGUAAAGUGUUAAAAGGACAUGAAUUACAAUGAUUCAAUAAGAUUUAAGGAUUAAUAUUAGACCAUACUAGGGCUACAUGAUUUUGGCCAAAAAUGAAAUCCAGAUUUUUUUUUUUCUCGGAAUACUUGAUUUUCAAUUUUGCUUUUAUAGCAAAAUGGCAACUUCAUCAAACUUCACUUUAAUAAUAAGUUUUUCGAUCAUCUCUCAAAACAAAACCACUGAAAACGAUGUAGUGCAUAUGCCAAGUCAAUAAGUGGCGCUGUAACGCAGCAGAGGAGAUGCACAAAAGACAGAAGAAGAGUACAGAGCAUGCAAAGAGUUACGCUGUGUGUCACAUAAUCGUUUCGAGAUGCAGAUAGGAAUCCACACCGAGAUUAAAUGGUAGUCAUUUAUGGAUCUAUGUACUCUCUGACCCAUUUCCGAAAAGUACCAUUUAUAGUCACCCGAAAUGCCAUUUCUGUUAGGAUGAAACGGCAAUAUGACAAAACACUUUUGCAUUUACUCUUGAAUUCGUUUCUGUAUGGAUGGGUUGUUACCGCCUUCAGACAGACUUGGCAGCAGGGAGUGGUUGGCUCUUCACCCGAAACUGCGAAGCUGUACCAAUUCCACACGACUGACUUGCUUUUGCCUUAUUUAGCCACAAAAUUAUUGCCUUCUUUUGCAAACGCCAUGUUUGUUUACACUGGUGUGUGUGGGAAGGGGGGAACCUACAGUGGCCUGGAGACACAAGACAUGAUUGAGAGGAAAACUGAUUUGACGAUUUUUUUUAACAUCGUCAUUAUCAAAUAAUUUGAUUACGAUUUAAAGUAAUGAAUUGUGAUAUGAUUAGGGUGACCAUACGCCCUCUUUUACCCGAACAACAUUUUGGGGGCUGUCCAGGCUGUCCGGCUUUAUCUUUAUCCCCCCCCCCCCCCCCCGCUUAGUCGUGUCCUCUUUUUAGAAAGUCAGAAUAUGGUCACCCUAGAUAUGAUAUAUUACAAUACAAAUGAAACAUAUGAAUAAACCAAUGCAUGGGGGUUAUUGUUGUUAAAAACCAACAAUGACCCCCAUGUCAACGGAUAACUCAUGCAAUUGACUCCACUAGCAGCCAGUUGACACAUAUAGUAUGACUGGUAGUGCUAUUAUUGGUCCACUUGAUCCAGAUCUCAUUGAACAAUAAAAGUAUAUAUUUUUUUUAAACUUUUGUUGUAAUUUGAAGCUGUUUAAAUAAUACUGACUGAUUGAUUUGCAGCAAAUCUUUUAAUAACGACCACUUAUUUUGAACAAAAGUCCUCCUCCUGUUUCUUAUCAUAUCUCUGAAACUUCCCCAGUGAGUUUCUCUCUCUCCUCUGUUGUUGCUGUAGCACGGGCAGAGAGCUGACGCCGGUCGGAUGAUUUGUGUGCAGAGUAAUAUGUGUUGACAGGGUGCUUGGUGCCUGUUAAUACCAGCUGCAGACGGAGGAUGCGGCGCUGCUAAUGCCCGUCGUCACUUCUGAGCCGGCUCUCAGCGCUGAGCGCCGUCCUCAAAGCGUGAAGCUCAGAGAGACUGUAGAUACCUGGGCGGGCAGGCAGGCAGGCAGUGCAAUGCUUUUAGCCACCAGUAAUCCAUUAACUUAAUGAUCUCUCUGGGUUUGGACUUGUUUUAUUACCUCUGCACUCCCUCCUCCCUUUAACCUAAUCAACUUUCUUUUUUCUGGAUGGAGAUAUACUCUGAAGCCAAAACCUUGCUGCUGAUUAAACUCUCCUACAGGGUUCAGAUAUUUCCCUGAUCAAAGCAAACUUCUCCUUGUUAGUUUAGCCAACAAUAUCAAACACAAGCCAUUCAUUUUACAUUACAGAAGAUACAAUUAGCCUUAAUAACUUUGACUGGCUCAUUAAUAGGCCAGAGGUAACCUCUGUGGCACCUUCAUUAUGAAUAUAAGAAUGUGCAGAGGCCGGCUCAGGGCGCUGGGUUUGUUUAUUCAAAGAAAAUCACAAAUUUCAAAUAUGCUGUUUAACAGUUUGGCACAUGAAAGGGUGUGCAGUAACCAUCAGGUCUGAACGUUCUGAAUACACUCAGACCACAACUCUGUGAUAAAGUAAUACUGAACAGAUUUUGUGAUCCUCAUAACGGUAGUUUCUAGGAAAAGUUCAGUGAGACAAAAUUCAUUUGAACCCAAAAUGCAACACACACUGCAUGAUAGGAAGAUCAGGAUUGUAUCUUGAUGAUUUCUGGAAAUACACUGAUCCUCUCUGUAAGAUAGAAAAGCCCCAGAUGUUGAAGAAAGAUGCAGUUUUAUUUUAGUAAUGUCAUAUUCAGCAAACUAUUUGGUUGGAGUUUUGGCGCUGUGGACAGGUGCAAAGUCCUGCUGGUAAAGGAAAUGGCAUCUUUAUGAAGCUUCACAACAAACCCCCCAAAUUUCAAUGAGUAUUUCAAUGAGUAUUUCGCCCUAUUGCUAGUAAAAAGUCACACUAGGAUUAAUUUAUGUUACAUUUUCCUUACAGGUUCAGAAAAUGAGCUUAUUUUAGGACAUAACGUGUCAAAAAUAAGGGGUGAAUUGCUUGCUAGGGGUAAAAAGUAAUCUACCAAUGGAAUAGGAAACCAAAAUUUCAUCAAAUUUGACAAAAACACUAAGAUUUGAGUUUUUGCAGAGUUAUUGGCAGUAUGAAAACUUGACUCUGGAUUUGAUAAAACCAAAAACAGCAAGAUGACAUGGCAACCUAUACACUGGACUUAAAGCACUUUGGAUUCUGGGCCUCCACUCUCUCUCCAAACUUGUUGCAUUUCUAUCUUUUGGACCCAAAUUAAAAUUAAAAAUUUUCUGUGGUUACCAUUCCGUGAAAAAAAUACACAAACAUUUCAACAAAGCUUUCAGUAAGGAAACAAAGCCAUUGGGUUUCUUCUAAAACACCAACUUGACCUAUAUCUUCAGAUCUAUUCCAUGAGUAUUUCAGAGCGUGUCAGGGAAGACAAACCCUGCUUUAAUGACCUGAGCGAUUUGUCCACAUUCAUCUGUCAAUAUGGUCAAAUAUAAAGAGGACGCUUUCAUUCACUGUCCAGAUGUCCUGCAGCUCCAGCUGAGGCCUCAGGAAACCUCUUGAAUGAAGGCAGGUGUUCAGUCCUCACUGAUCAGGGAACAGCUGCUCCUGUUGUUCGCACAGCUCCUUGAGUAAAGCACUUUUGUGUUUUCCAACCUUUUUUUUUUUAGUUCUAGUGCUUUUGUGGAGUGUGAACUUGAGGUGUUCAGCUCAGUACAGGCUGUUUCAGUCAGGGGCUGAUGGUUUGUAGAUGGAAGCGCAAAGCAAUGUUCUCACUAUUCCACUGAAAAUGAUACCGACCACUUUCUAAUCUGCUCAGUGUACUUCAUUCACAAAAGUUUUAAUUCACUUAGUUGUCACUCUUGACAUAUGAGAAAGCUAUUUUCAAGUUAUUCUUUAAAAAAGCAACAAUACCUUAGAAAUGUGGAGCAAAGACUAUGAACUCCUCCAGAGUUUAAAUUUAGACUAACGAUAGAAAAUUAAACAUGGCUUGGUGAAGUUACUUUGGAGUCACAAAACAGCUUGAGAUUAAUCCCUUUGUAGUUAACUUCUUAGGCUGUUAUAGCUUAGCGGUAGCUUUGUAAUAUUAGUUGCUUUAAUUUACCUACAGAGCUGGUGGGUGUUUCUUUCUACACAGCUUUGGAGCCACAAGCCAACUUGACAGAUAUUUCUUCGUAGACAACAUAUGAGGCUAGCUGUUCAUGCCCUAUUGAAAGUUUUGUGUUAGCUUUUGUCCCAUCAGUUGGUGCUAUUGUGUGACUUACUCAUGGAUGAUGGGUGUUACUUUUUACACAACUUUGUAGUUGUGAAAAGACCCAAAAGUUGUGCAAUUACAGAAACAGCUGAGCCUCGCUGUUGGCACCAACAAUAGCUUCCCGUUGCACACUCACUAUCAUUACGUUAUUGCCACACUCAGUACGUUUAUAUGAAACUUGAGAAAACCGAAUUAUUGCCUUACUUGAAUUAAGACCAGACAACUGAAGUGCAUGUAAACACCUAAGUCCAACUAAAAUCAGAGUUUGAGAACUCCCAUUGGAGUCGGAGAACUCCGAUUAAGGCUCUACUCUACCUUGUAGCCAGCGUAAUCGGAGUAUGAUAGGACAAUGCAUGUGCCCCGGUAACCCCGGAACAAAAACACCAGAGAAGUGGAGUAGCGUUCACCUCAUGUGCAGAAAAAGUAGCGUGUACACCAUGAACGACAAAAACAACGCUGUACGAUGCUCCAUCUUCUUGCUCGAAAAUGCCGAGCAGCCAUUGUAGCCACUUUUGACAGCUGGCACGGACCUGCUGUUGUUGUUCAUAGUUGUAUGGGGUAGGAAACAGCACCUCUGAAAAGACCCAUAUCGCCCCCUAGUUUUGGGGUGGAGGACGUGUUCACAUUAAUAAUUUGAUUUCCUCAGCUGCACUUAUUUGCGUACAAGGAGAGAAGUCCAAUUUGGCAAAAAAAAUGAAUUAUGAGCUCAGUCCGAUUAAGCUGUGCAUGUAAACGCACUGACUGUUAAGCAACAAUUGCCGGUCUCACAAGUGAGUGUAUUUUAAAGUAAGUCAUGACAUUGUGCUGUUCUUUUUUUAGAGACUAUAUUGCAUGUACAACAACAUUAUGUUGAAUACAUCAACCAAAGACUGAAAUUAGAAUAGACGUCACUAGUUUUCAUUCAUUGUGAACUUUGUAGAAAUAAAAACCCUCUGCUGGUGGCGACACAUGCCGGUAUAACUUUGGUGUCGUCUUAGAGAGCCAUCAUCCGUGCCAUCAAAAGAUGUUAAUGUUAAAAAUUACUUGUUUAUGACAUUUUGAAGUCAUCCAGUGUGUAACCUGCCCUAAGAGACCAGUUGUAUCAAAACUUGAGCACCAUUUCCCCCUUCUUGGCAAACCUGUUACAGCUUUUGCAGACUGCAAUCAUGUUCUCCUUCCUGAAAAGUUAUAAAAUAUCCCCCAUAAUCAGCUAAUAACUUUGAGGCCAUCAUGCGUCCUGUAAUUUUUGUGAAAUGAAGUUACAGAAAUCAGUGAGCAGUAAACAUAAGGAGUGAGCAGUUUGUUGGUGUGCAGUCCUCUGAAAAGCAGACACGUCCUGUCAAAAGUUUUAUUUGUUUGGUAAAGGAUGCUGUUUGGCAUGCAGCCCAGCUCAUUGUGCUCUCCCACACAUAGAUAAUUGGAAAGCUUUUGAAAUAUCCUCUCUGCCGCUGCCGUCCUGGUCACGAUGUUCAAAACUGGGAUGCGUGGAAAGGUUGAUGUUGAUUUUUCCUGCAUUUUUUUUGUCGGCUGUAAAUUUCUUUGGGUUGGGUUUGAUGACUUGUGCGGGGGUGAUCCUACUGUUUGAUGUCCAGAGCUCGUUAAUCCAAACCUCAUAUGGUAUGCAAGGUCAGACCCGAUACUUUGAUGUGCACGGGCUAGCGCUGCCAAGUCUGGAGAGUCGAGAGGGCAUCGCUGGUUUGUGAAAGAUCAGGAACUGUAGCAACCCUGACACAUUUUGGCUUUUGUCCACUAACUACUGUGAGGAUGAGGUCUGGUUUGUUAAAGGGGCCUCAACUCGAGCAGAGAGUGCACACAGAAACGUUUCCUGAGAGGCAGGAUUGAAUACAAAUCUUUCCCCGAGCAUGCGAGGUAAUUGGAAAAUGCACGGAACUUCUGUGAUUUUCCUCUGGGAGGAAUUGAAGAUGAAAGCUUUGAGAUAAAACUGAACACAUAAACCGAAUAUUAGCUAUAGAGUCCUUAUUUGUUUUGUUAGGACUGACCAUGAUUGUCUUUUUGAGUUUUAGCUCAUAAUCACAACUGAUUCGCAAGAGCGCAAAACCUGCAUGCAUCUUUGGUUCAUCUUCCUUAGAAACGAGGAGAAAUGAGUAGAAACAGUGUGUUUGUUAUGUAAAAUAAAGCAACAACAGCCCCCGCUGUGCACCCAGCGCAGGAAUUCAGUGCAAUUAACUCUUAAGCGUCGCAUGUAAAUAUGAAGGAUUGGGGCUCCACGGGCAAGCCAGCACUCACUCGCUCACUCACUCGCUCACAGGGAUCCUGCGCCUUUGUUCUACCGGGGCUUUGGCUGGCCGCCACACUGCCUCAGUUGGCGGCACCUAGCUAUAAUUUUCUCACAAUGGCUGGCGUGUGAGCCGUCCAUCAUUCCUCUCCUGUGUCUCCCUGUUUUCUCCCGAGCAUCUCCCCCCCCCCUCAGCCUCCUCUCCGCUGGCACUUCUCGAGCCUGGAGCCGAUUCAGGUUUACCCGUUCCUCGGCACUCGCCAAGUCUCUCCUAUCACUCUGUCAUCUUACACAACCAAACAAGCCGCCUGAGGUUAUUUAUUAAUUCGCUGUCUUCACACUUGGCUAAGCUUUGAUCAGAUGUUAAGUAUCUGAAGACAUCAAUUAUGGAGGGCUGUAAGAUCUCUGCAAAUUGUUUCCAGAUCCAACUCUUUUUGAUUUCUCCUCUGA